AUGAAUUCCAACAUCAUGGAGUCAAAGCCCAGGCCCAAAGAAAAGAUAAAGAGGCUUCUUAAUCCUUGCUAUAGAGGCAAGCUAAAAAUGGAUGCAGCUUAUAAAUCUCAAGCUUUCAUGCUAAGUUUGCUUAAAGGGGAUCCAAAGAUGAUGGGGGUUCUCCAGAUCCUGAUAGGUCUAAUCAUCACUUCACUUGGAGCCUUUUUAUUUUCCAAUACCAACAAAACUGGACUUCCAAAGUCAAGUUUUUCUCAUUUCUUUAUCACAAGGUACCCAUUCUGGACAGGAGCAUGUUAUGCCAUUAUAGGAGUCUUUACCAUUCUUAAUGGUGUGAAAUUUAAAAGUCAGGAUCGUCUGAGUCUUUACAUGGAUGUUGUGGGGGCCAUGAUUUCUGCGUCUGGGAUCGGCGUCCUCUUCUACAACUUAUCUCUCCAUCAGUUUCUUCAGUGUGUUCGCCCUGUAGCAGGUAGCAUGUGUACCAUGGGUGAACUCCUUCUUCAAGGUGUUCUGUCUGUUUUGUUGAUCCUCACCAUCAUCCAAUUCUCCAUCACAGCAAUGGUCUUAGCUUCGAAGUGUAAAGGAACAGGGGAAAGCCCUGCAGAUGAGGCGUGUUCAACAUCACUGAGAGACCCACGACAGGUUGUGACCAUCCUGGAAGUUGACUGA